AACAAUAUUUUGAACAAUAUAUUGGGUACCAGUAUCAACAGAUGGUAUUUAAAAACAUUUAGCGACAUGGAAAACAAAGCUCAGCCUACAGAUGAGUGUAGAUUCUCUGUGGAACUAACAGGUGACGACUCAUCGCCUGAUCUAGAACCAUUUAAACCAGAGAAGCCCCGUCUGGCUUGGCUCAUAGUGGACUUCACUUGUUUGCUAGUUGUUGGGUUGGUUUGUCUUUUAUUCAAACUAGUUGCCGUUCCAUAUCACAGAGGGUUUUAUUGUGAUGAUGAUAGUAUUAACAAGCCAUACAAAGAAAGUACUGUCCCAUCUUCGGUGCUCUAUUCCGUUGGCUUUGCUCUUGCUUAUCUGGUGAUCUGUGUCACAGAGCUGUGUAGCCAGCGACGACAUAAAAGAUCUUCAGAAUCCAGUGAAUAUGUCCCCUUUAAAUGGCUGAAGCUCAAGCCGAACCAUAUUAAUCUAAUCAACCUCUUGGUUUCUUUUGCCUUUGGAGGGCUUGUCACUAUUUUUGUCACUGAUAUCGGAAAAUACACAGUCGGACGAUUAAGACCUCAUUUUCUGUCAAUCUGCCAAGCUCCAUCUUCUGUAUUUUUGAACUGCAGUCACACAUACAUCACGGACGAUGUGUGCACAGGUGACCCAGGUUUGCUUAGAGAAGGACGCUUGUCAUUUCCAUCAGGCCACGCUUCAUUCUCAGCAUAUGCCGUGACAUUUACAAUUCUAUAUAUGGAAAUCAUGAUCAAUUUCCCCCAUAGCAGGUUUCUAAAGUUUUCCCUCCAGCUGUUGAUUGCUCAGUUGGGUGUUCUGUGUGGGCUGUCCCGCAUUAGUGACUACAAGCAUCACUGGAGUGAUGUCCUUACUGGCUUGUUGUUGGGUUCCCUGAUUGCAGUAUUGAUGAUAGAUCGUGUCUUGGGGAUGUUUCACAAAGGCAAAGGCACAAGCAAACAUGACAGCCAAGGCUGAGGAAAUUUGAUGUAAUUAGAUAAGAAGGACAAGGCUAUUGAGCACAAAAGAAGGCAUUAUAUGUACUUCAUAAUAAAAGAAUUGCUGCCAAAAUUAUAGAUAUCUAUAUAUCAAACGAAGCAUGACUAAAUUUAAUACUCAAGUGAAAGUUUGGCUUGCCCUAUAGGAAAUUUGUGGUAAAUUUUAUCAUCAAAAUGUAACUUAUAAAACUGUUACUAUGCCAAUCAAAAAUGUAGAAACAUUAAUUUCCAAGAUGAUAUUCUUAUGUGUGGAAGGCUCAUCUGAAACUUGUGAAGGGAUUUGUAGCAGGGUGUGCAAAGGAUGGCAAAUACAAAGACAAUUCUCGUUGAAAGCUCUCCCUCUGACACGUUAAAUACCUGUCACAAGAACCAAGUCAAGAUAAUAUUGGUC